AUGGCACCAAAGAAGCAGGGAAAGAAGAAGGCUGGUACCUCCAACGUCUUCUCUCAGUUCGAGCAGUCCCAGAUCCAGGAGUUCAAGGAAGCCUUCGGCAUGAUCGACGCUAACCGAGACGGUUUCAUCGACAAGGACGAUCUCCGAGCUACCUACGCUUCCCUCGGUGUCAUGUCCAUCGAAAACUCCAAGCUCGAGGAGAUGAUGGCUGAGGCCCCCGCCGCCAUCAACUUCACCGUUUUCCUCUCCAUGCUCGCUGACAAGCUCAACGGUGCCGACUCCGAGGACACCAUCGUCAACGCCUUCAAGCUUUUCGAUCCCGAGGGCAAGGGUACCAUCCCCAAGGAUUAUCUCGCUGAGGUCCUUACCACCCAGGCUGACCGAUUCAACGAGGAAGAGCUCAAGUCCAUGAUGGACGCUGCUUCCAUCGAUGAAGCCGGCAACCUCGACUACAAGGGACUCGCUUACAUCAUCACCCACGGUGACGACGAGGAAGGCGAAGAAGAAGAAGGCGAUGAAGAAGAAGAAUAA